AUGAGUGUAAUAACUGCCCCGGUUACAAGUUUAUUGAACGGACUUGUCAUAAUCGCUGUGAAAACAAAAUCCAGAUUGAAAACCAACUCCAAUAUAGCACUGGCAUGUUUGGCGACCACAGAUUGUUUGAUGGGUGUGUUUGGACAGUCCACUUACAUCGCGAAAAACAUGGCAAUGUUACAAGCCGAGGCUUCCUAUACAUACUACUUCAUCAGGCAGCUCCAUAACUUCGUUCUGAAGGUAUUGGCCAGGGCAUCGCUCUUGCACCUGGCUCUAAGCUACCUAGACAGGUAUAUUGCCGUAAAGCACCCAUAUAGGUAUACCAAUAUGGUCACAGCAGUUCGUAUCCUCUGUUCUUCCGCUUUUGUGUGGACUGUGGCAAUCCUUUCGACUGCAGUUUCUUUUCUCUCGAACAACAAACUUGAGAAUAAGUUUCCUGAUGGUACUAUGAUCGCGUUUUUCUGUACAGCCAUCAUUACGUUUUGUCAAGUCGUCCUUUACUACGAGACUCGACGUCACGAAAAACAAAUUGCUGCCCACCAAGUUUCAGAGGACCACAAGAAAAAAUUCGUAAAGGAGAAGAAAGCGCUUAAACUCACAACGACAGUUCUUUUCUUCUUAAUACUGACGUACUGUCCUGUGAGUGUUGUUCGAAUACUUAUAAAAAAAUCUUUCUUCGAUUCCUCAAAUGCAGCACGUAUUGCUUUAGCGAUAGCGAGCUAUCUGAUACUAAUUAAUUCGCUUAUAAAUCCAGUUAUUUAUUGUAUUAGAAGAAGACAAUUUCGGGCAGCUUUCAUUGAAAUACUCUUCAGAAAAAGUACUCUACAGGCACAGGAAAUUGAAAUGCGAGUUAAUGGAGCACGAGAAGGACUGGGAUGGCGAAGUCAAAAUACUGAACAAGAAAGUGUAACAAAUAGUACCAACAGGAACCAAAAAACCUCACCUCAAUUAGUUCGUAUUGUUACUGUGGAUUCGCCUUUCAAUUAACAUUUGGUGAUUUUUUUGCACUUUAGUUGACAAAGCCCACGUGGCAUAAGCCUCGUGUUUUUUGGGGCGUUCUUGCCAUUUUCUCGUAAAACUGUGACCUAACAAGGUGGCGAUAUAAAUAUAAAUAAAUAUAUAAUUAUAAAACUUAACUGUCGCGGCCGCCGUCUUUCGAUCUUCACUUAAAAGAAUGGACAACACGAUCUAUCGGUUGGCUAUGAAAUUUUAUGUUUCCUUUAUUUCUUUUUUUAUCUUUUCUUUUAUCCGUUGUCUUAUCUUACUUCCUCGGUUUCUUUGUCUUUCCCAACUGACCGAUCUUUUCUUACCAAGGAAAGGGCAAUAAGAAGCGAAAACAUCGUUACUGCCUGGCCUUAGAAAAACACAGUGAAAAUGACUUACGGAUCUUAAACUUUACAAGUAUUUCGUAGUAUUUCGUUUACUUUGAAAUUUUUCUUAAGGCACGGAAAAACAGGGAACAAAAAACGUGCAACUUGUCUUGCAACAUCGCUGCAAAACUAUUUGAAUAGCGAUGUUGCAAGUUUUACCACCCACGUUCAAACCUGUUGACAACCUGAUUUGUUGCAACACGGGUUUGGUGUAGGUGGUAAAACGCGCAAAAGCGCUAUUCAACUCGUUUUGCGGCAAUGUUGCAAGACAAGUUGCACGUUUUUUGUUGCCUGUUUCUCCGUACCUUAAACAAUUUUUCUCACUGCACUAUGUAUCCAAAAGACACUCAAUAAAAUUAUUGUAAAUAGAAUGUAAAAACUCUUAAUCAAAAACUGUUAUAAACUGAUUCCAUGCUACGGACUUCUAUUACUAUUUAUUCAGUUUAACAGUCAUAUUAUACACGACCAUUAUUUGGUCUAUGUUUUCUGAAAACAAAAAACGGUUCUACCUUCUUUCAUUAUUAUUAAUAUUAUUAUUGUUUCAUGUUUUAAAGGAACCAGUUAGCGAAUGUUUAUCGAGACUGCUAGAAAGGGUAAAAUUAGCAAAUUUGCAAAUUUUAAAGUGUAUUCUGAAGAGAGCGAAGGCAUUGCUUCCCAAAGUAGCGUAAUUGUACAGGUGUUUAUAUGGUGGAGGGUACGAGCCUGCCCCCCGCCAUACAAACGUCUGUAAAAUUUCGCGACCUUUCGCAGCUAUAUCUUUCUUAGCUUAAAACAAAUCAUUCAAAAUUGGCAUCUUUAAACGACUUAAAGGCCUUCUUUCAGAGAAGACGUAAUUAACUUGGAAAUCUGUCUUCAAAACGGAAAAAAACAGUCGGGAAAAAAGACAUAGUUUUUCACAGAAUUGCCUGUCAGAUGUUAACGAUUUAAAGAACAAACGAACAAUGACAUGCACGAUUGACAGGAUUUUUAGCACAACCGUCACAUUAAGAUAUCGUUUGUUUGUUACCACUUUAAUUUGCUGUCCUUCCAACAUAACUGAUGUUGGAAGGAAUCUACGCCUUUAUAACCGCUUUUUUUUUUCUCCUCAAUUCAACCCCAAACACGUUUGAUUAGAUCUGACAAAUUGAGUUCAUUCUUCGACUCAAAUUCACUUAUUAUAAGUAGCUUUCUCGGUACGUAAUGAACAAUUGAAAGUUGUACUACACUGUCACAUUAAACUGUUUUUGUAUGCGGCCACUUUAAUUCGCUAGCUUUUCAAAGUCACUUACUAUAAACUGAAUCUACUCUUCUGUUUGUGACUGUUUAAGUACCAAAUUACAUUCAGCCAGCGAAAAGAGAAUACACACUGCAACAUGCAAGUCAAUUUCUGUAGCACAACAAUUUUUAUAAUUUUGCAAAGUUAAUUCCUCAUUUCCAAAGGUUUGUGAAUGAGUUACGGGAAAGAGUAAGUUGUUUAGUUCUCCAAGAGAAUUUCGCGUUUUUCAAUUCAAUUCAUUUCAUUUUAUUUUUCCUUUGUUGUGUUUUUCCGUUCGCGUUACUUACAAAUCACAUUACGGUAAUUAGAAGAACGCUAAUUGCUAGUUUGCUCGCCGACUUCCUACUAAAUAAUGUGACUCUUAAGUGCUGUACAAAGUCAAGUAUUUUCUGCGACGCAGCUAAUCGCACUUGUGUACUCUACUGUUCAUCUAAUGUUGAGAGAGAGAGUAAAGCCAUUACGCAUGAAGAAUAUAAAUUUAGUUCUUGAUUACCUCGAAAACCAAAGCUGAGAACAAGAUGAAUUCAAGCGCAUCUUCCGGUAGCGAAGUCAUGACUGGAUGCGAAGGGAGGAUUCUUGAUUCUAAUUCAACUCAAGCUCGUGCGGUAACUGUUAUCAUAAUAAUCAUGAAUAUAAUUACUACUCCCGUUACAAGUUUAUUGAACGGACUUGUCAUAAUCGCUGUCAAAGCAAAACUUCGAUUGAGGAGUAGGUCCAAUAUAGCACUUGCAUGCUUAGCGACCACAGAUUUGUUCAUGGGGGUGAUUGGACAGCCUACUUUCAUCGCCGUAAACAUAUCAAUUUUACAAGCAAGGACUUCUAAUACAUACUGCUUCACAAGACAACUGUUGAGGGUCGUUCUUACGGUAUUAGUCAGGGCAUCGCUGUUACACCUAGCUCUGAUGUACCUAGACAGGUAUAUUGCCAUAAAGCACCCGUACAGGUAUACAAAUAUGGUCACAGCAACUCGCAUUCUCUGUUCUUCCGCUUUUGCGUGGAUUGUGGCUCUGUUCUCGACUGCAACUUCUAGUUUUCUUAACGACAAACUAUACAAACCGUUGACUGAUGGCACCAUAAUCGCGUUCUUUUGUACAACUAUCAUUACUUGCUGUCAAAUCGUGCUUUACUGCGAGACUCGACGUCACGAAAAACAAAUCGCUGCUCACCAAGUUUCAGAGGACGACCCGGAAAAAUUCGUAAAGGAGAAAAAAGCGCUUAAACUCACAACUACUGUUUUGUUCUUCUUGCUACUGACUUAUUUACCUGUGGUUGUUAUUGGAAUACUCAUAAGAAACACUUUCUUCGAUUCCUUAAAUGCAGCACAUAUUGCUUAUGCGAUAGCGAGCUUUCUGAUACUACUUAAUUCGCUUAUAAACCCAGUUAUUUACUGUAUUAGAAGAAGGCAAUUUCGGGUAGCUUUCAUUGAAAUACUCUUCAGAAAAAGUAAUCUACAGGCACAGGAAAUUGAAAUGCGAGUGAAUGUAGCACGAGAAGGUCUGGGAUAG